GCUGUUUUCUUAUUUACCACGUUCGGCUCAGGCAGUACGGACUACCGUGUGGGGUAUCAUGGACGAGCCGCUUAUUGCCCAGGGCUCCUCCUUCCAGGAGCAGUGCUCCCAGUGCUCUGCCGUGGACUGGGGCGUCACGGAGGAGGGCGGCUACUUCUGCAGGUCCUGCCACAAUGUGAUCGAGAGGACCUUGGAGGUUCUAGAUUCAUAUCACAGCAACUACAGAGUCUCCAGAAUUUCCCGUGAAUCAAAAAAGAACAAAAAAUUAGAACAUGGGAAUGACUGGAUGGUGUGUGAAGGCUUCCAGUUCAUUCUCAAACACCAGGCUGAGGCUCUCCUGGAGAUGGGAGUGUGCCCUCAGUUCAAGGAUGAUGUGUUGUGUAAUUUUUGGAGGCGAUACCUUCAGAAAAGCAACCAGGCAUACACCAGAAAUCCAGUGACUGUAGAGAGGUUUCAGCUGGGUUCUGAUACAGAUGGCGCCUCUGAAUCCCUGUCCUUGAGUGACUUCUGUCCAUCUGCGAGUGAAACGGAUGUGGAGAGCAGCGCACCCAGCUCUAUCUCGGGUUUCUCCAGCGAUGGGGGUGCCUCUUCAGUGUGCUCCGGGUCCCUGGAUGCAAACUCCUACCAUUCCACAGCGGAGAGGAAGAGGUGGAAUCUGAUGACCAUGCCCAUGACCCUGGCCUUCUGUCACCUGUCACUGCUGUGGCUCCGUGAGGCGCUCACCCUGUCUGACCUCCUCCGGUUUGUGGCAGAGGGCCAUAUUCCCUACAUCAACGCCUACCAGGUCUUCCCAGAAGAGAUGAAGCUCUACGGCAAGGACUCGCAGAUCUUCAGAGUGGAGUCCAUUCCAUCCCACAGGAAGGUCCAGCAAGAGGCCCACAAACUAGCUGUCUUUUUGGAUCUGCCCCGGUUUCCACCCGUGACUCAGGAGUACAUGCUCCACCCAGCCCUCCUUUCCCUCAAAUAUCUGACUGAGGCCAACCUUCCAGAUGAGCUGCAUCUCUGGGUCUGCAGAGUGAUGGAACAGGCUGGUGUUGGAGAAGGGACCUAUCUGACCUAUGACCCUCUGGGCAGAAAGUCCUGCCUCCUUAGCUACGACAUCCUGGCUGCUGCACUCAUCAUUGUAACAAUGAAGCUGCUGUUCAAAAUGGAUGACCAGAAGGAGUGGAAAUUAUCCAAGAAAACUGACACUGAAAACAAGCAAAACAAAGAUAAUGGCAUCUUCUGUUUACGGAAGUGGUAUAAGACAGUCCAGCGGGCUCUGGACUUGGCCAAAGAGAAAGAAGUUGAAGAGAUUGCAAGGCAGUCCUGGAAGCCCCGAAAACCACUGUAUUCCUCCAGGAAGCAGAAGUGUGUGAUCCUGAAGCGGAGACGAGUGGUGGAGCAUCUUCAGACCUCCUUCCAAAAGCUCACAAACUCUACUCCUGAGCCCCAGCAGAGCCCACCCUGCAGCUUCCGCUUCAGGUGGGGUGAGGUGGAUGGAGAUGGACCCAGUUACUACAAUCAGCACCUGGGCUCUGUCGUGAUGGAAAAGAAUGGUUCUCUUCACCUCAUGAACCCGAAGUACUGGCACACAGCACUAAAGCCCUGCCAACCAAAGCAGUGCCGUGACCAUUUCCGGGAGAUAGAGCCCACCCUACCCAGGAGCUACAUCUUCCUUCUGCAGCUCUUUUCUUUUUUGCUGGGUGUGGGUGAGUCUUGCAUUCAUGCGCAGGUCAUCCAGGUGGAGCGACUACUCAUCAGAAAUGCACCCAGGACACCCUCUGCUCAGAAACUGCAACAGAAGCAGAAAAAUUAAAGGCUGAGACAAGAGGAUGCCACAGCAACUGAC